AUGUCCUUGAAUCCCGUGCCACUGGAGCAGCUGAGUGCCCUGGUCGAGGAAGUGAACGGUGCUGUGAGCGGCACAAUGGAUAUCUUUAGCACAUAUGUCUUGGCGCUUUUGGGCGGUGCAGGGCUUUUUCCGGAGGAAGUCGUGAAGAAUCUUGGUGCUGAGCUUCAGCUCCAGGUACAGAGGCUCUCGGAGACGUAUCGUCAGCAACUCGAUGGCCGGGUGGAGUCUCUUUAUGGUGCAAUUCUUGCGUCCUGCCAAGAUCUCUCUGGGCGUGCCACGUUAUCUGUCACACGACAGGACCUUCUUGCCAGUAUUGAAGCCAUUGAACAACAAUCAGGAAGUAGGGAAGCUCUCAAAGAAGAAUGCACUAAAUUGCAGGAUCAGCUUGCCGAGUUGAGCUCUCUUUCCCGCACAGUCGAAGAGCUACGGACACGGGUGGCAGAUUUGGGCACAAACCCGACCAUUCAAAAAUGUACAUCUGAAAAAUUAGAGCUUGAAAAGGAGCUUGAAGUACUUACACGAGCUAUCCAGGCAGCUUCAAGUGGAAGCCAUGUCAUGCUCCCAGAGGCAGAGCUGCUGAGGAAGCAGAUUGAGGAGACUCGAAAAGCGAUGAGUGCGGAUUCACUGGCCUUGGUACAGGAUUAUUUAGACGCAGAACACGAGCUUAAUCUAUAUUCCUUAAUUGAGCAUCCUGUUCGUAAUGGUCCAGCGCCAUCCGAGGAUACAGGGGAAGACCUGAGCCAACUAUCGCACCAGAUCUCUGCACUUCAAGCGACCAUUGAGCUUAAGCGCGCGAAACAUCAAACUGCAUCGGUGUAUAUUGACAAAAUCAUGGAACUCAAAGCAGAGAAAAGCCUGUUGGACAAUUAUAUUAUUAAUCCUGUUAGUUUAACUGAUAAUAUAAGCAUGCUCCAGCAGAGCAUAGACUCCAUACUCGAAAGCAACCCGGCAGUCAUGCAAGGGUAUACAGAGAGAAAGCAGCUACUAUCGAACAUCGAAGAGUUGCGGCAGAUGGUGCAGUUUCCCACAAAUGGGUUAAAUGAGAAUGCGUUGCUUCGCAAGCAAUACCAGGAAAUGGCGGCCAACCACCCGGAUGUCGCAGAGACCCUUAAGAAGGCAGAAGACCUGCGCUCCAUGAUACAACGCAUCUCUACCAGCACUCUAGAAAGUGCUCUUUUUGAAUGUACAAGCCUGAAGCAGAAGCUUACAGAACUUGAAAAGAACAACCCAGAGAUUUCCCUCCUGGUUAGAGAGCAUGUGGAGUGCAGAUCUAUUGUGGACCUCUAUCAGCAGGCACUCGACAACAAUGCUGGAUUUGCUGACAAGCUUAAUCAGGAAAAGGAGACGCUAGGAAUGCUGAAGACAUCCUCUCCGGAUGUGAAACUUCUCGUUGACAUCUAUAAGCGAACACAUGACGAGAUCUUAGAGUUUAAGGAGUACAUAAAUAACAAGCAAAGCUUGGAGCAAGAACUAGAGGUAUUGAGAGGAGAGCUAACAAUGCUAGUAGAAGGGAACCCAGAUAUCGUUGGGCUUUUGGCAGAUAAGAACAAGCUGGCUCAGGAUAUCAAGAACUUCGGAGAUUCAUUGGCCAAUAUAAAGACAAUUUACAACGAAGUGGAGGCUAUGCGCGGGCUGAAAGAAGAGCUUAAACGCAAUAACCCAGAGGUGGAGAAACUUACUAAGCAGAGAGCAGCUCUGCAAGACGAGAUCAUGGAGCUCAAUGGACUUGCAACCAGCAGCACCGCUCUUGCCACAGAGAUUUGUAAUCUAGAACAGGAGCUAAACGAUCUCCGCACAAACUCACCGGGAGUAGUGGAGCUUCUAGAAAAGCGUGGCAUCAUUCAGAACGAGAUCAAGUCGCUUAAGCUAUACGCUGAGUCUCCUUCUACACUUCUAGGGGAGCUAGUUAAGUCUCAAGAAGAGCUGGCUUCAAUAAAGGAGAGUAGUGCGGAGAUUCUAUCUAUGAUAACCGGUUUGGAGAAGAUCCGUGAAGAGCAAGCAGCAGUAGAGACAGCAGUGCGCAAUAAGCUCACAAUUGAGGCGGACUAUAUCCAGCUGCAGGAAAAUCUAGCAGCGUUGAAAGAAGCCCACGGAAAUACUCUGAGGCUCCUGGACGAAAACAACGCACUCCGCACCCAAAUAAUGGAUAUUAAAGAAGGAAAUAUAGAUCCUGAAGCUUUGCAAGAAGAUAAUUACAAGCUACAAGAGAAUCUGGCGGCAUUGCAGCUCGACUUUCCAGAUAUCGAAUCCAUCAUACAAGAUAAGCUGUGCUUGCUGCAGCAAAUCAAUGAGUUCCACGCGAGCAUUGAUGAUAGAGGACGUUUGGAGGAAAGCAAGCAGGUAUUGCUAGAUAAGAUUGCAGAACUGAAGACACUUAACCCAGACAUAGAUUCCCUUUUGGCUGAAAAUGAACGCCUGAAGGAGAAGAUGCAAACACUAGAGAUAGCUAUUCAAUCUAGGCCACGGCUAGAGCAGCAAAAUCGUGAGCUAAUCAAUGCCUUGGAGGAUUUGAAGCGUGGCUCCCCGGAUGUUCUUCAGCUGCUGCAGUCUGUUGAGGGCAUGCAGCAGGAAGUGAGCCAAUACAAAAACUAUAUUAAUAGUCCUGACCAGCUUGCUCAGAAAAAAGUAGAGAUUGAGCACGAGAUUGCUGAAUUGCACAGUGCGCACAGCCAUGUGUUUGAGCGUCUUGCAGAGAUUGACUCUCUUCAGCAGAAGCUGGAAGCCAGCACGCAAUUAGCUAAAGAUAACUCUGUCAAGUCAGAAUGCCUCGUGGAACAAAUUGCCCAACUGAAGGCUCAACUGAAAGCGCUAGAUGAUACUGCAAAGAAGUCACCCGUUGGUGCACUUUUAGCUGAGAAAGCCCAACUAGAGCGUGAGAUUGUUGAACUUCAGCGCUACUCUCUGGAUACAACAGAGUUACGCAAUGUCAUUACAUCGUUAAGCAAUGAGGCACGCGUUCUAAGAAAUACUAAUUCUGCUGUUUCGCUACUACUUGACGAACAAGACCGGCUCAGAGGUCUCAUUAAUGCCUUUAAAUCCGGAGAGAUCAAUGAAAAGACGUUGUCUGAUGAUAUCUCGCAACUCCAGACCGAGCUUUUCACUAUAAAGAGCGAAAAAGGCAUCACUCACCUUGUCAACGAGGUAGAGCACCUCAAACUGAUAUUAGAAGAGAUGAAGACAUACAAAGAUAACCCGAGCCGUCUCGAGGCCCGUCAGAGGAGUCUGGAAACAGAAGUGGAGACGCUCCGGAAGUCUAAUCCCCAGCUAGCCGAGCUUAUUAACCGCAUAGAAGUAACCACGGUAGAGCUUAAUAGCUUAACAAAUGCCAUUAAACAGCCUUCUGCCAUAGUGCGUGAAAAUGCCAACUUGGUAGAUCAACUGUCUGCUCUCAAACAGAAGCAUCCUUCCAUUUUCAGCAUCAUAGAGGAAAAUAAGUACCUAGAGACGUUGGUUGGUGACAUCCAUGAAGGGAGGCUCAAUACUGAGCUGCUCGAGACAAAGAAGAGUGAUCUGCAGCUUCGUUUCGAUGCGCUAAUGAAGGCCAAUCCACAGCUACACCAGUUAAUAAAGGACUGCGACGAGCUGGGAAUGUCACUAAAGCAAUAUGAGCGCAUCGAGGAUCCAAAAGUCGUCCUUGACCAAUUAGAGGCCAAGAAGGCACAUCUUCAACUGCAGCUUCAACAACUGCAGCAGGAUGAUCACGCGAUAACUGCAUUGAACCAGGACAUAAAGGACUUGCACGCCGAGAUAGACAAUUAUCUCAGGCCAGGAGCCCUAGAUGAGCUAGAAACUCGCCGCGAAGUCAUACAAAACAACCUUCUUGAAUUACGAGAGUCUUAUCCAGAAAUACAUAACUGCCUUCUUGACAUAGAAGACCUCACCAUCCUCUGUGAGGACUGCCAGAUGGCAGCAGAGAGCGCAGAAGGAACUGAGAGAAACACAAAGGCGCUACAAACCAGGAUUGAUAAUUUGCACAACAUAUUGGAGGCGUUUAAGUCCAGUAACUAUAACCUUAGCACCAUGAUCGAUAAGGCUUUAUCGUUGAGAAAGGAAUUAAAGGAAUUCAAGAGCCAAAUAGGCCAAGAGAGUCGCCUCCAAAAUGAAAUAGAGACACUGGAAGUACAGCUAGCAACUGCUCGUGACAGCAACACGUCCCUGAGCGCCAGAAUUAAGCACAGAGCCGAACUGUCUCAGGACUUACAAGAGUUUCGGGAUUUUUCCACCAAUCCGACACUUCUGGACCGGCAGAUAGCCUCACUCUCCAGCUCACUUGAGGAGGCAAGACAAGCUAACCCGGAAGUAGCCGCUGCUGUUCUCGAACGACAGUAUCUUGAAGACCAAUUGGCACAGUUUCUGGGUCAUAAGGACGAUCCUUGCCUGAUCGAGGAGGUAACAAUACUGAAACGGAAACUGGCAUCUCUUAAGAAGACCUAUGUAGACAUAACCUCUCUCAUUGAGGAGCGUGAUGCACUGAGAGCACUAAUACAGGAGAUAGAAGUGACGGCAGAUAAUCCAGAGGGUAUAGAGAGGGAGCACUCUAUGCUCUAUUCAAAAUUCAGUAGCCUAAUCACAUCAACCAAAGAAUUUCUUUUACUUAAGGCAGAAAACGAUGCUCUCAAGAAAGAUAUAUUGGCUCUGAACAAGCAGAUGUCUGCCAUGGAUGAUAUAAUAGCCGAGAAUGUUAGAUAUGAGCAAGAAAUUAACGAUCUACGCAAUCAGGCAGAGAACAUGACGACAAGGCUCAGCAAAUCCAUGCUGGAUGCAUCUCAAACAAUGAGCACCCUCUCGCAACAGAAAACCAUAGUUAUGACCGAGUUGGAAAGGCAGAAGGAGUUGAUGGACAAGCUCAUGCUAGUUGACUUACCGAAGGCUGCAGAAGCACUGAACUACAGGGCUCCCAGCUCCGGGGCUGGGACCGCUCUUACACCGAGCAGAAGGUCCACUUACGGUAAGAUCUGA